AUGGCAAAGUCGAUUUUCCAGCGGAAGCGAGACCUUGUGUACUUGGUCUUCUUCAUAAUUCACAUCCCCGUGAUGCUUGGCUUCGACCUCUCAGGCUACUAUCCAGCCCAAAUCAAGCCUCUCUGGAUGACCUCGCUGCGCGAAUGGUACGUCGCAACCUACGGCGACCGCUUCUUCUACAACCCACCCGCCUUCUUUCCCCCCUUCCUCGCCCUCGAACUCCUCUUCCACCUCCCGCUCUCCCUCUGGGCCAUACCCGCCUUACUCCGCUCCGACCCCCGCGUUCCCCUCGCCCUGCUCGUGUUUGGACUGGAAACCACGCUCUCGACGCUCGUGUGUCUGGCCGAGAUGUUGAGUUGGGAGGAGUUGAGUGCGGCGCAGAGGGGUGCGGGCGGGUUGGGGGGCAUGUAUGGGGGAUAUUUGGGAUUAGGUACGUAUUUUGGUGGGAUAUGGUGGAAGGGAAAUGUUGAGGCUAACUGUGUGAUAGGGGUUUUCAUGACGGUGGAUUGUUAUGCGAGGUUGGAUGGGUGGAUUGCGAGGGAGAAGGGGUUGACGCCGGUUUCCAAGAAGGAGUUGUAG